AUGUCGUCGUUGGGUGCAGUUUUGUCGAUGUCGUCGUCGUCGUCUGCCCCCAACAACCACCAUCACCAUUCUGCAGGUGGUGGCUCAUCGUCCCAGUCCCCUCAGGAUGUCCGUCACUUGCAAAUCACUAAGAAGAAGCGAAAGGUCGCCGGAAAUCCAGACCCUGAUGCACAAGUGGUGGCACUGUCCCCGGAGAGCCUCCUGGCGACAAACCGGUACGUGUGCGAGAUCUGCAACAAGGGGUUCCAGAGGGAGCAGAACCUGCAGCUCCACCGGAGGGGACACAACCUCCCCUGGAACCUCAGGAAUAACAACAUUGAGGAGGACGACGACGACUUGAUCACCUCGAAUUCGAGGACGACGGGUACGAGGAAGGUGAAGAAGGCGUACGUGUGCCCGGAGCCGACAUGCGUCCACCACCACCCGUCGAGGGCUCUGGGCGACCUCACGGGGAUCAAGAAGCACUUCUGCAGGAAGCACGGGGAGAAGAAGUGGAAGUGCCAGCGGUGCUCCAAGCUCUACGCCGUCCGCUCCGACUGGAAGGCGCAUACCAAGAUCUGCGGCACCAGGGACCAUCUCUGCGACUCCUGCGGCACCCUCUUCACCAGGAAGGAUAGGUUGGCAAGCCACAGGGCAUUCUGUGAUGCAGUAGCUGUGGAGAGGGCCAGAGUCAGACUAGUCUCAGCCCCACCACCGCCACCAGCAGCAUACCCUCCACCAAUAUUGGCCCCCCCGCUGCGUGCACGCUCCACCGCCAUCCUCCAAACCCCGGUACCGCUGCAAUUCCUAGCUCCCUUGUCCUCCUCCCCACCACCACCACCUCAAAACCCUAACCCUAACCCUAACCCUAAACAUAUCCAUGAUCAUGGAAAGAUGAUCAUGACCCAGCUCAUGCCUUCUUCCUUCAACCCUGUCCUGCCGCCGGCCACUUCUGCCCGCCGGCCACCCUUCAUCCUGCAGCUGGGCCCUGCUGCACAACCAGAACCAGAAGAAGUAGUGAGAGAUCGAUCCACCGACGACGACGAUCACAACGCCAGCACCACCGAUGGCUUCACCAGAGAUUUCCUGGGCCUCACUACUGCAAAACACUAAGAAAGCGGCGGCUUCAUCGGAGCCUGCAGCCGCGUAUGUGGGGGAUCGGAUCGGGAGGUUAUAUAUAUCAUCUAUCUUAAUUACUUAUUAAACCUUUAUAUACUAUAUGCGAAUUGCACCAACCAUUUGCAUCCAUGCAUAUAGAUAUCUGCUGACUUGUCCGCAGAGAA